AUGGCUGGCCCUUCUUCCCUCACCUCCGAGGCCCGCAGGAAGGCCGACACCGACGCCCAGGCGGCGCGUGACGCUGAGGCGCAGAAACAGGCGGACGCCCGCGCCGCCCGUCAGGCCGCGCACGACGCCGCCCUCGAGCGCGCCCGUCUGGCCGAAGAGGAGGCCGCCGCCGCGUCCGAGGAGCGCGACGACGCCGACGCCCGCGUGCGCGCGGCCCUGGACCACGCCGCUCUCGAGCGCAAGGCGGCCGCCGACCCUGACGACGACGACAUCGACUCUGCCUCCGAGGUCUCUGUUCCUGGCGACGCCGGCGGAGACCUGCACGACGCCCUCCUCAUCCACGAGGUCGCCGCCUUGCUGAAUCUGCACACCCAGGCGGUGGCAGUGCAGAACAUCAAGAGUCUUGUCCCCGUCGUCCUCGACAUCAACUCCUCCAGCUACUCCAGAUGGCGCGAACAAUUCCUCCUUACUCUCGGGAGGUACCAACUACAGGACCACGUCCUGCAGGACAGACUUGCGCGCCUCUCCCCUGACUGGACCCUGAUGGACUGCGUCGUUCGGUCGUGGCUCUACGGCACCCUCUCCAACGACCUCGUCCUCAGCAAGAGCGCGCACGGCUCCACCGCCCGCACCACCUGGCUCGCCAUCGAGGCCCAGUUCCUUGGUAACAAGGAAGUGCGCGCUCUUCAUCUUGAUGCCCGGUUUCGGACGUUUGUGCAAGGUGAUCUCUCCAUCACCGACUACUGCAAGGUGUUCAAGCGUAUGGCUGACGACCUCGCCGAUCUUGGCGAGCCUGUCACUGACCGUACGCUCGUCCUCAACGUCCUUCGCGGCCUCAAUGAGAAGUUCGCCUCCAUCGGCCGCCACCUACGCCGGGGUCGUCCCUUCCCCUCCUUCCUGGAGGUGUGCGACGACCUCAUUCUGGAAGAGAUCACUUUGGCGGAGAAGGCGUCUACUCCAUCCUCCGCCCUCCUCGCCGGCACUUCCUCCACCCCCUCAGCGUCACCCCCUCAGCGUAAAGGUGGCCGCGGCAAGCACGGCAAAGCGACCAAGGGCGGCGGCCCUCCUCAGCCUGCCACAGGCGGUGGUGGCUCCAGCAGCCACAACUCCACCGCGCCCACCCAGGCGGCCAACGCGCAGUGGCCAUCAUUCUACAACCCCUAG